CUGGCUCCCUCUCACUUGUCCCGCUUCACAAAAUCAGAGAGUCACACACAGGCACAGCACAGCCCUAGCCUCCAAAAUCACAGAUUCAAAGCCCCUCCGCUCUGCGCCAGCGCCAACACCAACACCAACACCAGUCCGACGCGCCUCUCCAAUACCUCCGGUACGGUAGAGAAAGUUCAGAUUUCAGAUAAGCAAAAAUGAGUGGAACUGGAGAGAAAGGAUCAGCAACUACAAAAACCCCAGGUGAUUUCCUCAAAGCAAUUCGCGGCCGACCUGUUGUUGUCAAGCUGAAUUCUGGGGUUGAUUAUCGAGGUAUUCUUGCAUGUCUGGAUGGGUAUAUGAAUAUUGCAAUGGAGCAAACAGAAGAAUAUGUCAAUGGGCAGUUGAAAAAUAAGUAUGGCGAUGCUUUCAUUCGUGGAAACAAUGUUCUCUACAUUAGUACAUCGAAGAGGACGUUGGCAGAUGGGGCUUAGUUUUGAAAAUUUAUCAAGUCUUGUAGAUUAUCUGCAGUCAUGAUUUUUAUUUUGUAUUGUAUUGUAAGGAUUUUGGAAAUGAGGAUUAGAAAGCUAUUACGACUUGGACAAAUGGAACCUUUCUUAUCUAUUAUUAUAAUGGAAUGAGUUAUUAACUGUUUGAUUUAA